AUGGCAUCUUCAGAUGUCCCUCGUUUUGAAUUUAAAGACCUUGAUGAUAAAUGGAGAAAACAAUGGUUGUUAGAUAAGGAGGUCAAGUCAUUUCAAGGGUCUCAUAGGAGUGAUCACCUUAAGGAAAAGAAAGAUUUUUACUCCUUGGUGAUGUUUCCAUAUCCGUCGGGGAAACUUCAUUUGGGCCAUCUUCGUGUUUACACCAUUAGUGAUGUGAUAGCGAGGUACAAGAAGAUGCAAGGAUUCAAUGUGAUCAACCCCAUGGGCUGGGAUGCUUUUGGAUUACCUGCCGAGAAUGCCGCUGUAGAGAGAGGUAUAGAUCCAGCAAUAUGGACUGAGCAAAAUAUAGCCACGAUGAAAGAGCAAAUGCAAUGCUUUUUGGCCGACUUUGAUUGGGACCGCGAGAUAAGCACUUGCUCUCCAGAAUACUACAAAUGGACGCAAAAGAUUUUUCUUAUGUUGUUUGAAAAGGGGUUGGCAUACCAGAAAGAAGCAGAAAUAAAUUGGGACCCGAUUGACAAAACGGUAUUAGCAAAUGAGCAGGUUGACUCGGAAGGGAGGUCGUGGAGAAGUGGAGCACUUGUUGAAAAAAAGUUCCUCAAACAAUGGUUUAUUGGUAUCACAAAAUAUGCAGAUAGACUUGUUGAUGAUUUAAAGGACUUGGAGGGCUGGCCACAACAUGUCAAAACCAUGCAGAAAAAUUGGAUAGGUCGUUCCAAAGGACUCCAAAUAGAUUUUCCCAUUAGUGAAGGCAACCCUUUGAGUGUAUAUACAACAAGACCAGAAACCGUAUUUUGUGCGCAAUUUAUUGCCAUAAGUUUGAACCACCCUCUAGUAUUGGCUAGGAGUAGAACGGAUGGCAACUUAGCUAGAUUUUUGAAAGAAUGCAAAAAUGCUGAGCUAGAUUCCAAAAUCGGAUAUAAACUUCCCGACUUGAAAGCAUCUAUUCCGAUCAAUACAGACAAUUCAAAACGUACUAAAUUUGAUAUUCCGAUAUACGUUGCGCCUUAUGUUCUUAACGAGUAUGGUUCGGGCGCAGUAAUGGGGUGUCCUGGACAUGAUAGGAGAGAUUUUGAAUUUUGGAGUCUUCAUGAACCAAGCAAACAAAUAACCCAAGUGAUGGGUCCGGAAACAGGGGAAACGGAAAUACCGUAUGAACCAAAAGUUGGAAUCAUGCAAGAUAGAACCACUCUUGUGAAAAGUGGGUUAGACAGUUUGGGCUCCUACACCGGCAUAAGUGCCGAUAAGGCAAGGUCACGAGUAUCUCAAGCAGUGGCUUCAUUAGGUGUUGGAAAGGAGUCCACAAACUACAGAUUGAAAGAUUGGUUGAUCAGUAGGCAAAGAUAUUGGGGUGCACCUAUCCCCAUCAUACACUGUGAAUCUUGUGGACCAGUUGUUGUUCCUGAUUCUCAAUUACCUGUUUUAUUGCCAAAAGUUGAACAACACCAUUUUGAGAAAGGAAACCCGUUGGAGAAUGUUGAAUCAUUUGUUUCGUGUACCUGCCCUUCGUGUGGAAGCAAAAAGGCAAGGCGCGAAACGGAUACUAUGGAUACUUUUAUGGAUUCGUCAUGGUACUUUCUACGCUACUUAGACCCACACAAUAGUAAGGAACUUAUAAGCAGAGAGGCUGGUCAGAGCAUGCCGGUGGACUUGUAUAUUGGAGGUGUUGAGCAUGCUAUUCUUCACUUGCUAUACUCCAGAUUUAUUGCUAAAUUUUUGAACGAUGAAGGAGUUUGGAAAGGAAAGUUUACAAAAGACGAGCCAAUAGUGAGAUUAAUCACACAGGGAAUGGUUCAUGGCAAAACUUACAUUGACCCGCAGAGCGAGAGAUUUUUAAAGCCGGAGGAGCUUGACUUUGGCAACCCUAAAGCCCCAGUUAUCAAGCAGACAGGAAAACAUCCAAAAGUUACGUUUGAAAAAAUGUCAAAGUCAAAACAUAACGGCGCUGACCCACAGGAGUGUAUACAAAAAUACGGUGCAGAUGCAACUAGAGCCCAAAUCCUAUUCCUGGCACCAGUCUCGGAUACAUUGCAAUGGGACGAAAAACAAAUUCUGGGUGUAGACAGAUGGCUUCGCAAAGUGUUCAAACUUGCAGAUAGUUUUCCCUUGUUGGCUGAUGAAAUGAGACAGACUUCCAAUAGUGAUGCUAUUGCUAAAGUUGAGUUGCAGUUUACCGGUUCAAAAGAAAGUUUGGAACUAGGUGAUCGCGAAGUUACUGUUUAUAACGAAGUACAGAAUUUGGUGAAAUCGAUUAAUCUGUCUUUAAACGACGUUUACUCGCUUAAUACUGUGGUUUCAGAUUUAAUGAAAAUCACUAACGCCAUCACUAAGGUGUUGGGUCCAAACGGCUGUAAUGUCAACCCGGUGUUGGUAGACGAACUCUAUCGAACCCUCUUGAUUUGUAUGGCUCCAGUUACACCGGUGACAGCUGAAGAGUGUUGGUUUAGAAUAAACAACAGUGGAAAAGGAAAUUGCACAAGAGGCACCGUUUUUGAUGAGGAAUUCCCUACUGGUAAAGUAUUGAAAACACGACGCGGCAAAUUUAAUGUUAUUAUAAAUGGUAGGCCAAGAGGCAGCAUUGUUACUGAUCAGAAUUUGCUUGAGCAGAGCGAAGAACAACUUCUUAAAACAUUGCGUUUAAAUAGAGAUUUUUCGAAACACCUAGGAGGCGACAUAAGAAAAAUCAUCACAAAAAAGGGACUUGUAAGUAUAGUAACACUGGCCUAA